CCGUAGUGAGUGACAGUAGUGAGUGACAGCUCUCGGACGGGGACAACGUGAGCACGAUGGAGUGUUUGUAACUCUGCUUUUGUAGGGGAACGUCAAGUCCACAUUCACGGACCAAAUUACGGGACUAUGCCCAGUGCCGAUACCGCUGUGGAUAAAAGUUUUUCAGAAGUAGAGAGAUAUAACAUCUGCGGCGAAAUGGCGGAGUGCGGCAGUGAUGGGAACAACAUCCUCAGCCUCCCGGUACCGAUGCGGCGGGGGGGCUCAGAGUCCAACCUGGUGUCUGACGGGGGCGUGGGCCUGGACUUCACUAAGGGCCGUCUGGCCAUCGACAGCCUGCAGCAGAAGAUACUCAAGGUGACAGAGCAGAUCAAGGUGGAACAGACAGCCAGGGACCAGAACGUGGCAGAGUACCUCAAACUGGUCAACAACGCUGACAAGCAGCAGGUGACACGCAUACGCCAGGUGUUUGAGAAGAAGAACCAGAAGUCUGCCCACAGCAUCGCCCAGCUGCAGAGGAAGCUGGAGCAGUACCACCGCCGUAUGAAGGAGGAGGCCAACGGGGCCAAGCACCCGCCCAGGGAUGCCCGGGGGGAGGGGGACAAGGAGGGCCAAAAGGACGGCAGCCUGCGGGACGUCAGCUCGGCCAGCGUGCGCAACCCGGCAAUGGACAAGGUCAAGACCAUUGGCCCCGGGGUCUCCCUCUCGCCCCCCUUCUUCUUCAACAAGUCGCGGGAGUUCGCCAACCUCAUCCGCAACAAGUUCGGCAGCGCCGACAACAUUGCCCACAUGAAGAGCUCCAUGGAGACGGGGGCGGGGCUCCAGGCGGAAGGCGGGGCCCGGGCACUGAGCGGCAGCGCCACCACGAUUGCCAAGGCCAAGUACCCCAGCGACGACGAAUGUUCCACGGGGACCUCUGUGUCGGCCGACUCCAACGGGAACCCGGCGGGGGGGUCGGGGUUGGGGUCAGGGGGUGGGCCGGGGAGGUCGGACUCUCAGGGGAGGCUGGGGGAGGUGCUGGAGGAGGUCAGGGAGAUUAGGGAGGCCCAGGCACAGCUGGCCGAGGACAUGGAGUCACUGAAAAGCCAGUUCAAGAGAGACUACAGCUUCAUCACACAGACGUUGCAGGAGGAGAGAUAUAGGUUUGAGCGGUUAGAGGACCAGUUAAAUGACCUGACAGAGUUGCACCAGCAUGAGACCAGUAACCUGAAGCAGGAGCUGGCCAGCAUCGAGGAGAAGGUGGCCUACCAGGCCUACGAGAGAGCUAGGGACAUCCAGGAGGCUCUGGAGUCGUGUCAGACACGUGUCUCUAAGCUGGAGCUCCAGCAGCAGCAGCAGCAGCAGACAGUACAGGUGGAGAACACAGACGCCAAGGUGAUGCUGGGGAAAUGCAUCAACAUCAUGCUGGCCAUCGUCACGGUGAUCCUGGUGUGCGUUUCCACAGCGGCCAAGUUCACCGCGCCCCUCCUGCGAAGCCGCGUGCACCUGGCACUCACCUGCGUGGGUUUGUCCCUACUGGCAGUCAUCUGGAAGAACUGGGAGCACCUGCAGUGUGCCCUGGAACGCAUUCUCCUCCCACACUGAGCUAGACUCCUCCCAUGUUAAGCUAGGCUCCACCCAGUCUGAGUUUGUCCCCCUCACAAUGUGGGUUUGGCGCGUCCCACACUGAGUUUGGGACUUUGGAACUCUGUGAUUUUGUCAUAGCGAUAGAUGAAAUGUGCGGGGUUUACAAUGUAGCCUUACACCCCAACACCCUCGUGUCUCUCCCCCUCUCUGUCUUUUGGAGUUUGGACAGAACUCCUUGAGGGAAAUUGUUUCCAAACGAUGCCAGUGUGCCACUACAGUACAAAUUACAGGAAAGCAAGACAUCUUGCUUGCACUAUGCAGGUGGUAAGCUUAUGUAUAACCUUUAAGAGAAACAAGGGGUCCGCUGAUUGGUUCCUUGUCUUUUGUGGAGUCGUACUUACGUCACCUUUAUUACACUAACACACUGACAGUAUUAAAAACGAAUUCUCCCAGAAGACCUCUGGUUCUGAUCCACACACAGUCUCACUCCCAUCCCCCCAAGCCACCAUGAUACACAUUCAUCCACACACACACUGAGAGGAAUGUGACUUGUGUGUCUUUAUGUGGGGGUGUCUUUAUGUGGGGGUGUUCUCCAUAUGAGAGCGCUUUGUCUGUGUGGACCUAUACUGUACUGUGUGGACCUAUACUGUACUGUACUGUUAAGUGAUGAAAUGUUUUAUAAUUGGGAAAAAAAGACAGGACAAUUGAUUUUUAAGUGUAAUAUUUUAUUAAUUGUUCUCUUUUUGUGUGUGUGUGUGUGUGUGUGUGUGUGUGUGUGUGCCCGUGAAGGGUGGUUCAUUUUUUUUACAAAGGAAUGUGUACUGGAAUGCGGGUUUGUGGAUAAAUGGUGUCUUAUGUACUUUAUAUAGUCUAUUAACAGAUGCAGUGGAACUGCCACGGGUCUAGUCUAUAAGGGGUGAAUUCACCCCAAGAGUUAUGUGUUCUCUCUCCCAUAGGAAAUACAUAGACUGACCCUUUAGCCGCUAACAUGCUAACUGUGAGUGAUAUCGUCUGGCAGUCUGAUGGAUCUGGGGGGAAGUAACCUCAGACGUGACACACACAAACCUCAUUUGCGAUUCGUCCUUUAAUAUUGAUGAUAAUGUCAUUUUUGUGAAAUAGGAAUUAAGCACUGUUCAGAGUGGGCUGAACAAAGGAAUUGAUUUAUACCAAAUGGUUCAGACAGAUUAGAACACUAAGUUUUAUGCAUUUUCUCUGAAAUGUUUCAUAUUUUUUGCCUUUUUACAAUGAAAACCGAACAAAAUGAACAUUCUAAAUGCCUUUGAUGCUAUCGUCUGAUUGGACAGAGAUGGGAGGGUUAGGUGGGAAGUGAGCGAUGCAGCUCUGGCCCCACCCACUCUGUAAGCUACUUAUCACUAUGAUGAUAGGGGCCAGGCCUGACGCCUUUUCAAUGCAGCUUCUGUGUUAAACCUGAUAUUUUCUGUGCUUUGGUCUCUGUCUCUUUAAAAAGCCAAAUUUGGGUCUA